UUGAUGAGUCAGCAAGGAGUGCAGUGUAGUAGCAGCAUAGCAGAUAACCAGGUGUUGUCCUUAAUUGACCAGAUUUUGGGAUUGACAAAGAGAUUGCAGCAUCUUUACCUUGGGGUCAGCAGCACAGAAUACUCUCUGAUUCAACAGACAAGUCUCAAAGCCUGUACACUGCAGAUCUUAACAAAGAUGAAGGCCGACCCCACCAGGUGUAGUAAAGCGAAGGAAACCUAUCUGGAGCAGCUGCAGGCUCUCAAAAAAUUUUUGGAUUCCAAUGAGCUAUCACCAGAUCCCUGCUUUGUGUAUCUGUUCUCUGUACUUAAUGACUUGGAGAAUGGGAAGAUAUCAGACAUUCUUAAACAUCUACAACACGCUGUGAAGAACAUAGCACCUUGUGGAAUAGUCCUGCAGAACACCUGUAUCAGGAAGGUGACGGCCAUUAUGCAUGAACCGACAGGCUCCUCGGAUAACCCAGUCCGGUUCACGGCCGGUUUAACCGUCACCAUUCCGGUUCACGCUACGGUAGAAAAUGUCCAAAACCCUGGAAGUAUCAGAUUAAAGAUUCACUAUCCUGACCAGAAGAGUUAUCUCAUCAUUCCACAGAAGAAUCAUUUCACAAAGCUGAGUCCGCUCCAUCAUAAGUUAGUCUCUCAGGUCAUCAUCUCUCACUCUCUGUGGUCAGAUCAGUCCAAUGUGGAAAUCAGUAUUGUCAUGGAAACUAAAGAUGGGGAGUCUGUGAGUUGUCAAGAACUCUGUCCACCUGUCCGAGUACCAGUAGCUCCCAAAGCAGCCAAACACUGACAGUUGGUUUGAAUAUUAUAAAUAAAAUAUAUACAUUAAUUGUAAAAUGCAAUUUCUA